AUCGUAAAGCGCCCCCUCUCUCGUCGAUUUCCCGAAAAUUCCAUUCGGAUAUAUAAACAGGAGGAGAACACAGACGAGUCAGAUAAGUUUGAUACAACUUUGCUUAAUACUGAGUAAAUCGAGUGACAAGCGACUAUACACAGUGAAAAUGUCUCUUUUACCGUUCCUGCUAGACAGUUACGUUCGUCCUACCCGCCUUUUGGACCAACAGUUUGGCUUGUGUCUUGAUCCCGAAGACCUUUUUGCACCGGUGGUUGAUCCCCGACAAAUGCUGGGUCAAUUCAGGGGUCCUGUGGGAUACAUUCGUCCUUGGAAAUCCGCAUUAUCUCAAAGAGACGUCGGAUCAACUCUGGCUAUCGACAAGGACAGUUUCAAAGCCAACUUGGACGUGCAACAGUUCAGACCAGAAGAGAUAACUGUCAAAUCCAGUGGAAACAACACCAUCACCAUAGAAGGCAAGCAUGAAGAAAAACAGGACGAGCAUGGAUUCAUCUCCAGGCAAUUUGUAAGAAAAUACGUCCUUCCUAAAGACUGCGAUAUCGAAAAGGUGGAAUCGAGAUUGUCUUCGGAUGGCGUGCUUACCAUAAUCGCACCAAGAAACAAACCUGAGGAAUUGGAAAACAAGACCAUUCCCAUAACUCAAACAGGACAACCGGCCAAGAUUGAACAGAAGAAAGAAGAUGAAGAAAAAGAGGAGAAGUGAAUUCAAUUGUUUUAAUUCAAUUUGUAUUCCUUUAUUUUACAAUUAUUGUAUUAUGUUAAAUAAGAGACUAAUGUUAAAUUUGAGACUGAUAUAUACUCCGCUGAAGAUUUGUUUUGUUAUUGCUAAUCAAAUAAAUGAUGCUUAGUUAA